UGUUAUGAUGUCAAGAUUGUUUUUGUUUUUCUUCGUCGCGCAAUGAUUAAUUAUAUCAAAAACAAGAUAAAUUGCUUGAAAAAAGCCGAAAAACUAUAGUAAGGUAGUUAAACAUGUCCAACGAGAGAUCAUCAAAAACAAAAAAAGUCAUGUUGCCGAAAGAUUCCACCGAAGCUCGACCGUCGUCAUCGACGUCGGCUGCAGCUUCACCACCCGCUACAUCCGGGAGUACUAACGGAAACCCACUGCCACCGCACUGGUCCAAGAUUGCGUCUAAAAAACGUACAGGUCUAUUCUAUUAUUUCAACUCAGAAACAAGAGAAAGCACUUGGGAUCAUCCGGCAGUGCGUGAAGCGGAAGAACAAAUCAUCCGUCCGAAAUUGGGCGCGAAAGUAGUACCAAAGAAAUCUACCGAAAAGGUAGUUCAACUGAAGAACGAUACGCAGUUUAAGAAGAAGAACUUGGCCAAAAGUAGAAUGGAAACAUUGCAGAAACAAUUAGAAUUAGAGCGGAAACUCGAAACUAUCAAAAAUAGCUGUGUAGCCGAGCUAAAGAAUAAGAAAAGUCCUCAAAAGACACCUCCUACGAAGAAAGUUACCUCAAGCAAAAAUGAGAUUAAAAAUAAAUCGGAAGAAUCAGUCACCCCAUCGGAUUCAAAAGCAAACUUUAAAAUUGCACCCAAAAACAGCAAAGUCGUCCUCAAGCAGUCACCAACGAAGGUCGCUAAACAAGAAAAAACCGAAAGUUUAAAGAGAAAAUCAAAUGAAGCUGUCAACGUUGUGCAAAAACCAGUGACCCUGUUGAAGCCGUUCAAAAUUCCAAAAAAACCUUCGCUUCAAGAUCCUCCAAAAUUGCAACAAAAUGAGAGAAUCCAAGUUCCCGUCUCAACACAAAAGACUGACUCACCACUAGAAACACAUCACGAAGAACCUCCUGAGGUACAAGUGAGUUUGCCAACGCGCGCAGCUCUGUCACCGAACAUUCCCACGUGCCCACCACUGUUGGCUUCCACGCCGAAAAUCGACCAAUCCUUGCCAACCCUCAAAUCACCAGCAAAUGAGCGUCUAUCCCUAAUCAGGGCACAGCUGGCCGAAGGAAUCGGUCUGCUGCCGGAUGAGGAUACCGAAAUGACCGAUUUGAGCGGUCUUUCUGAACUGCCCUCCCUGGUGGCCGAAACCAUGGACUGGGAGGAUAUUCCAGAAGAGCUAGCAAUUCGUGAAAUUGUGGCUCUUCGACAAGCACAAAAGCUGUUACCGCCACCGGAGACCGAAGCAAGCAUUCCCCGGUUUCAGAUGCCUCUGUUCGACGGCAUCAACUUCCAGCGGUUUUUCUUCGUAGUGCUCGAUACCAAUAUCUUUUUAUCACACCUGAAGGGGCUCGAGGAGAUGCUGUCCACGUUUCCAGCAGCCGCCGGUCAACCAAUUUUAGUAGUUCCGUACAUAGUUUUACAAGAGCUUGAUCGAAUCAAGCACCGAGAGCAGGGUAAGUCGUUAGGCCUUGCCGCUAGUCACUCGAUACGCUUCCUGAACGAACGUCUCCGGAAGCGAGAUCCACGCGUCAAGGGUCAAUCGACGCUCGAGGCCAAUCAACCGUUGAUCGAGAUUACCAAUCCGGACGAUAAUAUUGUUAACUGCUGCCUGCAGGUUCGGGAGGCAAUUGUCAGCAGCAAUCCGACCACAGAGCUGCUGCUACUGUCCAACGAUGUUAAUCUGCGAAACAAGAUGCUGGUCAACGGAGUGCAGGCGCUUUCGUACGCAGAACUGCUAGCCGAAGCUGAUAAGCUCCGACUGGCCGUGGAAGAUAGCGUAGAAGCGGCUACGGAGGCUGCAAGGGCCAGGUGAUACGGACUGUACAGUGUUAUUUCUAGGUGUAAGAAACAGGGACGUGUAUGAACCUAUUUUUGAUAUUAAUAUUAAAUUUGUUGCAAUAUGACCGAACUUUGUUGAAAGAUGUUCGAAAAGAAAAACGCGUUUUACCUCGAAAGCAGUUCUUCCGAGGGAUUUCCAACGCGAGACGAACUAUUUUUUUGUGAUUGUCUUCUCUAACGCAGACAUCAAUCAGAUAGAUUCAAUACUAUUUAAUAUGUUGUUAAAGAAAACGUUUCAGAGGUUUCAGAAGUUCUGACAAUUGAUACGAAGCGUCGGAGUGAUGAUGGAACAUACAUUCAAAUAUACUUUCAUUUUUAUAUAGAUAGAUUCGAGCGAAGGUUCUAUUUGCUUUGAUCGACUUAUUUUGUCAGUUCCAAUUUCUGGCCUUCAAAAAUGACUGAAGUUCUGAAAGAACUCAUAACACCAUUUUUUUUCUUUCCUUAUUUCCUUUCCGACUUAACUUUAUUUAUUGAAACUUAUUACUAAAAACUUAAAAAUGCCCGCAUAAUCAAUAACCAUAAACGGAUGAUAUUUCAUAUGGUUUAACGAUAGCCCAUAACGAAUAAAAAAUAUCACAAAACGAAUUGAAUCGCUCUUCCAGUGAAGAUUAAAAA